AUGCAACAAUACACAGCGUUACAUAGCAACAGUACAAGUGAAGCAGCUCCAGUAAUGCAACAAUACCCAGCAUUACACAGCAACAGUACAAAUGAAGCAGCUCCAGUAAUGCAACAAUAUCCAGCGUUACAUAGCAACAGUACAAGGGAAGCAGCUCCAGUAAUGCAACAAUACCCAGCGUUACAUAGCAACAGUUCAUGUGAAGCAGCUCCAGUAAUGCAACAAUAUCCAUUGUUACAUAGCAACAAUUCAAGUGAAGCAGCUCCAGUAAUGCAACAAUACCCAGCGUUACACAGCAACAGUACAAGUGAAGCAGCUCCAGUAAUGCAACAAUACCCAGAGUUACACAGCAACAGUACAAGUGAAGCAGCUCCAAUAAUGCAACAAUACCCAGCAUUACACAGCAACAGUAUAAGUGAAGCAGCUCCAGUAAUGCAACAAUUCCCAGCGCUACACAGCAACAGUACAAGUGAAGCAGCUCCAGUAAUGCAACAAUAUCCAGCGUUACAUAGCAACAGCUCAUAUGAAGCAGCUCCAGUAAUGUAA